UACACACAAUGGUAAUUAUAAUAAGAAGACAACAUUAUGAGUGGCAAAAAUCCAAUUAUCUCCGUAUUUGCAAUCUGAAGCACCCUGUUCGCAAAACCUCUCCUGCUCCUGCCGCCGCCGCCAUGGAGAGUGCGCCGCAAACCCCCACCAUGGCGGCCGCCGGCGAUGUCCUUCGCGUGGCCGACCUCCCGGGACGAGGUCGCGGUCUCGUGGCCGCCCGCAACGUCCGCGAGGGUGAGGUGCUCCUCUCCGAGCCUCCCGUCCUCCUCUACCCGUCGACCCUCUCCUCCCUCCGCUCAUACUGCUCCGCCUGCUUCCGCUCCCUCCCCCCCGCCGCCACGAUUCCCUGCGUUUCCUGCCGCGCCGCUGCCUUCUGCUCCCCGGCCUGCGCCGCCGCUUCGCACCCGCACCUCCUCUGUGCCGCGCUCUCCCACGGCGGCGGCGCUGGCCUCGCCGCCGCCGCUCCCACCGAGGCGAUCCAAGAGCCGCUCCUCUUCCUUCUCUCCGCCUACUCCCUCCCGGAGUCAACCAUGCGCUCCAUGCUCUCUCUCUCCUCGGCGCCGCCCCCGCCCCCGGGCGCGCAGGACGCCGCGGGGCUCCAUGCUGCUGUGGCAGCCCUAGCGCCGCCGCACAUGCUUCCCCAGGGAUUGUCGCCAGACCUAACGGCGGCUCUCCUCGCCAAGGACCGGGGCAACAGCUUCGCCAUCAUGGAGCCGUACCGACACGGGAUGUCGCUCGAGCUCCUGAAGGCGCGGGCCUACGCAGUCUACCCCCGUGCUUCGCUGUUCAACCAUGACUGCCUGCCCAAUGCGUGCCAUUUCGAUUACCCCGACAGGCCUGGGCCAGGGAACACUGACAUUGUGGUGCGUGCACUCCAUGACAUACCCGAGGGGAGGGAGGUCUGCAUCAGCUACUUUGCGGCUAAUUGGAGGUAUGCUGAUAGGCAGCGCAGGCUGCUGGAGGAUUAUGGGUUCCGGUGCGAGUGUGAUCGCUGUCAGGUGGAGAGUCAGUGGAAGGAUGAUGAUGAUAACAAUGGAGAUGAUGGGGAUGACACCAUGGAAGAGGAGGGUGAGGAUGAUGUUGGAGAUAGAGGUGAUGAUGGGAUUGAGGAGGAAGAGGGGGAUGGUGCUACCAAUGGCGGUGAUGAUGAUUUCCCACAUGCCUACUUCUUUGUCAGGUACUUAUGUGACAAUGAGGGUUGUUGGGGUAUGCUUGCUCCAUUGCCACCCUCACCAAACGGCGACCUGUCCCAUGUGUUUGAAUGCAAUCUCUGUGGGAAGCUGAGGAAGGAAGAGGAUGUCAUUCCUGAUGAGGGCACUUCUGGCAUGGUCCAUUAGUUUGAUGAAAACAUACUGAUCCGUGUGCUGCUUCUUUUAGUGGGAGUCAGGGAAGUCUGUUGUUUAAAUCUACUGACUGAAGUAUCCCAGCUCCAAUGAGAGGCCGCAUAAUAAAAAAUCCAAAAGGUUAAGAGUGAGUAUGGUCCUAAUAAGGCAUCAAAAUGUCUUUUUUUGUAGAGAAGAUAGCCAUAUGCAGACUGUAAUAGCUUGAAACUAGUUUCCAAAGAAGGAUAAUUAUGACUCAAUUUUAAUUAAUGAAUCCCUUUAUGUUCAUAUACUUGGAUGAUCAACUCUGCAGAUUACUAAUUCUUCAUGGGGGACUGUUUAUUUAUUUACUAUGCCGAUGCUGGCAAUAGGGCGAAUUUAAAAUGUUGAUGAAGCCCUAAGCAGUCUACUCUCCUGUUGUUAUUAGUUAAUGUUUGUUUUAGAUCAAAUACAUAAUCUAUGUCCCUAGCAUGAGAGAAACACUACUGUAGUUUAUUUAUUAGCUAAUGAUGAUCUAUUAUACCUUUGGUGGCGACAUCAUUUUUCCUGCUUAAACAAGGCAUUGUACGGAUCCCUGUGCAGAGUAUGAACUUACGACAUGAGCCUUUCAAUCAAAGGGGAGAAAGUUGGAAGAUGAUGUCUAGCCAUGUAAAGAGAAUGAGAAUUGGCCAAUGUCCAUAACUCUUCCAAGAUUUGAGCCAGAGGGCAGGGGGUGGGGGUGGAGUUAAAGAGUUCAUUGCUGGCAAACCAUUUAGCCUUAGGGGAUGAUCAUUGCUGCUAAUCUCCACCUUAAUUUAGUAGUGUUCAUGUUAAUUAGGCUACAAAUCCUGUGGCGAAGGUCUAACACAAGCUUGGAUAAGUAAGAGAAGUGAGUGUCAAAAUGGCACAUUAUUUCAUUUUUAGUUUCAUGGAGAUACCCAGUUUGAGCAGUAUCUAGGUACGAGGAGUUACAAAUUUGUUUAUGUUAUGUAUUGUGCUCUUGCGUCAUACUGAUAAGAGAACCGUGAUGACAAAAUCCACCUGUUUUGGUGUUUA